GCUUCAGCAAAUGGUAUCGACUUCAGCAAGUGGGCUCUCCAGCUCCCUAUUGGCACUCCCGGCAAGCCCCAAACGGUGGCCGGUUCGUCCCUCAAGACCUACUCUGAUCCCAAAAAGCAAUACUAUUAUACUGACCCCACCACCAGAGCGGUUGUCAUGAAGGUUCCCGGGUCGCCUGCUUCCACUGGUUGUGUCCACACGACCAACAGCAAACACUGCCGCACCGAGCUCCGCGAGACGACCCCCGCGAGCUGGGAUCCCAAAGCUUCAACCAACCGUCUAACUUCUACACUUACUGUAGUCAAAGCGGAUGAUAGUGCACAUGGGACAUGUAUCGGCCAGAUCCAUAUUGCCGAUAGCGUCUCGGUGCGUCCCAUCUGCGAGCUAUACUACAGCUCCAAAGGCGACAUCACCCUAGGAGUUGAGCAGAUGCGGAAGGGAGGAAAUGAGAAGGUCCUCCCAGUAGGGAACGUUCCCCUGGGAACCAAGUUCUCCUACACGAUCGCGUACGAGAGCAAUAAGCUCAGCGUCUCCAUCAAUGGCGAGGCGGAGAAGACGUUUAGCACAUAUAGCUUGGAUGCUCCAUUGAGCUAUUUCAAGGCUGGGAAUUAUAAUCAGGGUAGUGAUGCGUCGGAGAUACACUUUUUUGAUAUCAAAACGGAGCACUAA